AAAAGUGUAACAGCUCACACUACUGAGGAAGAAGACGAAGUAGUGGAAAAAGACGAAAAGAGACACCGGUAGACUUGAAUAACGGAACGCAAUCAUGGAGAGUAAUCCAGCACCGCUGUACUUGCGGCGCAUCUGUCGAUUCUGCUUAUCGGAUGCGGAACCGCUGAACUCCAUCUACGAGCGCAACCACAAUAAGUCGAUCCAGCUACCGCUCCAGUUGCAGAUCAUGUCCUGCGUUGCUAUCGAGGUCUAUACCGAGGACGAGAUGCCGCAGGUGAUCUGUAACACAUGCCGCUGGAAUCUGGACCACUUGUAUAAAUUCAAGUUGCAAUGCAAGAAGGCCGACGAGGCAUUACAAGACUACCUUCUGUCUGGAAAAUUGCCGAAACCCUUCCCGCCCAUCCCUAUCAAUCCGCCGACGAAGAUCGGCAACAAGAGACUAGCCGAAUCUAGAUCGCAGAACAAGGUUUCGAAAAAGCAAAGCACCUCUGAUGACGAUAGCAGAGAUACUAGAGAGAAACGUGAGACCAGAAAAAGGGAGAAAGAAAGGGAAAGAAAAUCACAAAAUGCCAGCGAGCAGCAUCUUUACGAAGAAGAACAGAACAGAGGCAGUGAGAGUGAACAGGAAGCGAGUAACAUUAAUGAAAACAGAAAACAAGAGCCGGCAGAGAUCAGAGUACACCCGUGCGAUCAAUGUGAACGUACGUUCGCAUUACGUCAGGCUCUGCUGCUGCAUGUUCAGCGCGUUCAUAUUCGUGCUCGCAAUUACAAGUGCAACGAGUGCGAGAAAAACUUUUUCAACAAACACGAUCUGAGCAAGCACUUAAGUAUACAUUCUCAGGAGAAGCCGUAUUCGUGCUUGAUCUGCCAGAAGCAGUUCUCGCGACAGACUUCUCUGCAACGUCAUAAGAAGGUACACAAAGAUGAGACGCACUAUGCCUGUCCCGAUUGCGACGACGAAUUUUUCACUACAGAGGAACUCGAAGAGCACAAGGAUUUGGCACACAAGAAAGAGAAGCGGUUUUGUUGCAAUAUUUGCAACAAGCGCUUCCUAUACAAACAGGGUCUGCAACGGCAUGAAAUAUUACAUAAUAAUAAGGAUGAAAAGUUCAUGUGUGAUUACUGUAAGGAGACUUUCCGUACUUGCACAAAGCUGGCCCGACAUCUAUCUACCCAUGCUGGUCCUCGACCAUAUAUGUGUAAAUUGUGUCCUCGCACAUUUCUACUAUCGCAUCAUUUGACUAGACACAUGCGUAUGUCCCAUUCAACGGACAAGCGCCGUGUAUACAAGAAUGGCAAGAAGAGCUUAAAGAUGAAUCAGUUGACGCACGCAAAACGUACAUACAUGGGCCUCACCUGCGACGUCUGUCAAGAAUCUUGUCGUAAUCGCGCCGAUUAUGUCAUCCACAUCAAGCAGCAUAUCGAAGCAGGCGAGAAAAUAGGCAGUUUACAGUCCAACACUAAGAAAAAUUUUAAACUAAAGUUUAAUGAGAAGGAAGAAAAAGAAAAAGUAAAAGAUCAGCAUUCUAAUAGGAACGAUGAUCAUGAGCCGCCAGCGUACGUUGUGAAGAAGUUACCAAAGCCGCCAAUGACCUCAGAGAAUGAGAAGGAAAAAGAGCAGAAUAGAGAAGACAAGAAAGAGAAAUCCGAGAAACAAGAAAAGGAAAAACCCAAUGUGAUGUAUGUACGUAGCAAACAUGGUAGCAUGGUCAAGAUCACGACAUUCCCGCCUAUCGAGCGUAUACACGAUAUUCAAGAGCAGACAGCAAUAUUCAAGAACACGAAACAAACUACUUCAAUCGAUUCUUCUUCUCAGGGCAGCUCGAAAGGCCUCAUGUCAUCGCAAAUCGAGGAGACUCCCAAAAGUAGCCACGUGGACACUGAGACACAAGUGCAAAAGAUCGUCACCUCGGUAUUCAAAGAACAGAAGACCUCAUUGAAGCACCAACAGAACGGCCAAGAUCAAUCUAAAGAAUCGCUAACACCUGUGAUGGGAGUCUACAGCUCUUCUCAAGAAAGUUGCGAGGACAACGAUAAAGCAGAGAUUUUAGGAGCAUCCACUCCUAAGAUCAUCAAAGUUAAAAGGAUUAAAAGAAUUGUGGUGCAGAAACCGACAGGAAGAAAUAACGAAGAAACACCAGCUAGUACAUCCGGUAUCAAAGAUGGAGAUUCUUCUCUGAGUGGUAUUCCCGGCUCGCUUAAGGUCAAACGAGUGAUUGUCAGUAGAAUUAUCCGAAAGAAUGAUAUUACUGAAGUUAUCAUGAAUCCAGAUGGUACCACGAUAAAUUCCGCAGAACUGACAAAACUAUCGACUGGCAGUGUAGUGAAGCGAGAAGUAAGGAAGCUACCGCUCGACAAGAAUCAGAAUUUGAUACAAGCGCUAUUGCAAUCUGCGAAACAACGUCAAGAAACAGAAGGUACUUCGGCGUCAUCUAGCAACGAUACGCUAAAGAGCUCGGAAAAGAAGCAAUUGAUCACCCAGGGCCAGGAUCAGGAAAUCCAAGGAGAAACUGAAGCAGUUGGAGAAGCAGAAAUAGUAGACGUUCAAGCAAUUGGAGAAGUAGCAGAAAUAGUAGAGGUUGAAGCAGUUGGGGAAGUAGCGGAAAUAGUAGAGAUUGAAAAUUAAGGAGCCGCAAGCGAAGAAAUAUAACAAGACUACGAGGCGAUUGACGAAAUAUUACCGAAGCGACAUGACGACAUGAGUCUGAAGAUGAACAGCAGCUAUCGUUCGAGAGAGUAUUUGUAAAACGGAAACAGAGCAUAUACGAUAAGAAGCGGGAGUACAACGAUGACACAGAAGCAACAAAGAGCAAUUUGACUCAAGUAGAAAAGGAAGAGACGGAACAAGUUGCGAUGAAAAAAGAGGAAGAGAUGUUGGAAAAUGUUCAGAAAAAAAUCCAAAAUACGACGAUGAGCGGCAGUAAUAUCACAUCAAGUGAUAGAUUUACUCCGAAAAAGGAUUCGAUGAUCUCGAGCAACAAGGUAUUCGAACAAGUGUUACGUGGUUAAUUAUUAUAAGCCUAGCGAUAUAUCAAAGAUGGAGAAGGUGAGUCCAGAAUUGUACAGCAUUUUCUACAACGUAAUGAAGAUACAAGCCUAGUUUACACCAAGUACUUGGUAGUAUUACGCGUACUAAAUCACUUGGUACGUUCAGUAUAAACGCUGGGGAAUUACUUCAGUGCGCUCUGAUCUGGUACUCCCGAAUCGCGAGACCAAGCUGGUACGCGUAUCAAAUGGUAUCAAAAAAUCUCAAUGCGCUGUAAAUACUUGGUUCGUUUUAAAUCGUAUAUUAAACGCUUCAAAUUAAAUAAGGACGUACCAAAUAUUUAGUUCGUUCAAUUUAAGAUACGCAUACUAACCGAUUUAACAGUGUAAAAGGAGUCACAGAAGUCAGUUCUGAACAAUCUCACGCAAAUUUUAGUCGUCAGAUACGAAAUGAAAGACCGACUCGGCGGUGGAGAUCGAUAUCACUCAGGAGAUGGAGAUCAAGUUGAAUCCUGAGAUGGAAAAACCUUCGCAGGUC